AUGUGGGCGCGUGCUGUACUGUGCGCGGGGCUGCUGUGCGCGCUCUGCCCGGCGGGGAGAACGACGGAAGCCGAGAGGGACGAGAGAGAUGUGCAGAAAUACCCCUACAACUCCAACAGACUGCUGGGCGAUCUGCAUGAAGUGCUGGAGAAACUGCAGACCAAGAGGAUUAAUCCCUGGGAGAAGAAAUAUGGACAGGUUCCCUCUUGCGACCUGGGAGAGCACUGCGCUGUGAGGAAAGGAUCUCGUAUCGGGAAGAUGUGCGACUGUCCCCGAGGAGCGUUCUGCAACUUCUUCCUGCUCAAAUGCAUCUAA